UUCAUGAUGUGUGUAACCCAUAUCUGGAAAGUUGAACAAUGCUUUCUCGCGACUCUUUCCUCUUCCUUUUCCUUUUCUCCUUCCUCAUUACUAGUUUCGGAGCAUCUGCUCAGAAUUUUUUCUUCAUACAGAGUCACUGUACAAAUCUAAGUACGACAAAUGUCUCUAGAAACAUCACUUUCUUGACCAAUCGCAGAACUCUUUUUGCCUCUCUCUCUUCCUCCGACGCCUCAUCAUACUCCACUGGAUUCCAAAACGCUACGGUGGGAGAAGCCCCUGACAUGAUAACCGGUCUUUUCCUCUGCCGGGGGGACGUUACGACGGAAGUUUGCCGUAACUGCGUUGCCUUCGCUAUCAACAACACACUACGUCUGUGUCCGACUGAGAGAGAAGCCGUGAUCUAUUACGACGAGUGCAUGCUCCGAUACUCUGACCGGAAUAUUCUCUCGACUCUUACAUAUAAUGGAGCAUCGACCAUGUUGAACGGUAAUAUUUCAUCUAACCAAAAUCAAAUAUAUGGGUACGAAGAUUUGGUGUCGUCCACAAUGAACAAAGCUGCCAUGGAAGCUGCGAACAGUUCUAGAAAGUUCUGUGCGAUGAAAGCAGAUUCGACCGCACUCCAGACUUUGUACGUAUUGACUCAGUGCACUCCUGAUCUCACAAGAGUAGAGUGCUUGCGCUGUCUGCAAAACUCCAUCAAUGCAAUGCCUCUUUACAGAACUGGAGCAAGAUUUCUUUACCCUAGUUGUAAUUCAAGGUAUGAGCUUUACGUUUUCUACAACGAAACCGCCAUUACAAAACCACCACCACUGCUGCCUCCUGUAUCUACUCCUCCUCCGGUGUCAUCUCCUCCACGACCUGGGAAAGGUGGGAUUUCAAACGCGUUAGUGGUAGCCAUUGUGGUGCCUAUUACAGUGACUGUUGUGCUUUUCAUUGCUGGUUAUUGCUUCCUUGCAAAGAGGGCAAAGAAGACUUCCGGUCCUGCUGCACCAGCCUUUGAUGUUUCUUUAUCUUUCCCUUCUUCUGCGACUUUUAUUGUGCAGCAGGAGAUGAUAUUACAUGUGACAACCCGUUCCGGUACACUUUCAAAUGGGACUGAUGUUGCGGUGAAGAGAUUAUCAAAAUCAUCAGGACAAGGUGACACGGAGUUCAAGAACGAGGUUGUUCUUGUUGCAAAGCUUCAGCAUAGAAAUCUGGUUAAGAUUUUUGGAUUUUCUAUUGAACGAGAAGAAAGGAUAUUGGUGUACGAGUAUGUGCCCAACAAAAGCCUUGAUUACUUCCUCUUUGACCCUGAAAAGCAAGGUGAGCUGGACUGGACUCGACGAUACAUGAUCAUUGGAGGGAUUGCUCGUGGGAUUUUAUAUCUUCAUCAAGAUUCACGGCUCACAAUCAUACACCGUGACCUCAAAGCAGGUAACAUUCUCCUGGAUGAAGAUAUGAAUCCAAAAGUUGCUGAUUUUGGAAUGGCAAGUAUCUUUGGAAUGGACGAAACCCAGGCAAGCACAAGCGUAAUAGUUGGUACCUUCGGUUACAUGUCUCCUGAAUAUGCGAUACAUAGCCAGUUUUCAGUGAAAUCUGAUGUCUAUAGCUUUGGGGUGUUACUUCUUGAGAUUAUAAGCGGUAAGAAAAACGACAGCUUCUACGACACAGACGGCGCACAUGACUUGGUUACAUAUGCUUGGAAGCUUUGGAGCAAAGGAACACCAUUAGACCUUGUGGAUCCAAUUGUUAUAGAUAAUUGCCAAAAGAGUGAAGUGGUCCGAUGCAUCCAUAUCGGUCUUUUAUGUGUUCAAGAAGAUCUUGUAGAGCGCCCGAUCAUGUCAACCAUCUUUGUGAUGCUCACUAGUAAUACCGUAACUUUACCAAUGCCUCAGCAACCAGGGUUUUUCGUUCAGAAAAGACCUGAAAGUGACCAGUGUGUUUCAGGGUCUGUUGACGAUGCACCGAUCACUGAUCUAUAUCCCCGUUGAAUAUGGUGUUAAAAAAAUUAUCGCUGAAUUAUGGAAUUUAGGUUUCAUUUGGAUUUUGAUAGCAAUCGAUCACAAGCUUGAAUUAUGGAAGUCAACCGAUUUGUGGUUGGAGUAAAUUAUUGUGAGAUAAAUAAGAAUGAUGAGAGUUUCCAAAUUUGUUA